AUGGCUGAAAUCGCAGCUGCAACUAAUAACUUUUCGCUUCCAAAUAAGAUUGGAGAAGGUGGAUUUGGUAGUGUUUAUAAGGGUCUGUUAUCUACAGGACAGAAAGUUACAGUUAAAAGGAUUGCAUCGAAUAGAUACGGAGGCCACACCAACUUUAAAAAUGAAGUUCUUUGGCUUUCCAAAAUUCACCAUCGAAACAUCAUUAAAGUACUUGGAUAUUGCAUUCAUGGAGAAGAAAGGAUAAUUAUAUGUGAUCUCAUGGAGAACAAAUCUCUAGAUGCUCACCUAUUUGGUGAAACGAGGCAUGAACUUGGAUGGACCACACAGAUUGUGAGUGGAAGAAGAAUUAAUCAUGCUUCUCCUGACCUUAUUAAGUGUGCCUGGACGACGUGGAACGAAGGAAAAGCAUUAGAAAUUUUAGAUAAAUCAAUGAAGGACGAGUUUCCAGCUGAUGAAGUAUUAAGAUGUAUCCAAAUUGGACUUUUUUGUGUCCAAGAACGACCAGUUGAUCGACCAACAAUGCAAUCGGUGCUUGAGAUGUUGGAAGGAGAAGUUCCGUCAUUGCCAGAACCGUUACCACCUCCAUAUGUUGAAGAUGAAACAUAUUCUGGAUUGAAGACGAGCACUCACAUCGACUCCACCAAUGAGGUAACUAUUACAGAGUUAGAGUGUCGAUAG